CACAAUUUGCCUUCUUCUGCCCCGAAAACGCGCCCCGGACCACCCCCUGAGCCGCCUCCACCACCCGUGCAACCCCCGCGCCGGUCUUUCCCCCAAACCCCCGAUUUCUCCCGAAAAAAACCGCCAUGUCCGCGCCGACCGAUGUGGACAUGAAGGACGCCUCCUUGGAGGCCCCAAAAGACGCCCCCGGCGCACCCGAAACGCCCUCGUUGGCCCAGGAAAUCAAGCUCGCGUUCGGCUCGUUGCACAAGGCCGCCGACAACUUCGAUAACCGCUACGUGUCGAAAGUGUUCCGAGACUUGGGCGCGUUGAGACGCAAGAUCGCCCAGGACCCCCAGGCCCUAGCCGCCGUGGUGGAGCAGACGUACCCCGGCACGCACAAAAGCAAGGCGGUGUUGCAGGCGCCGCUCCCCGCGCCCGCGGGCGGCACCGUUGCCGUGGACGACCCGUUGAAGGCGCCGGUGGUGCCCGAGGUGGACGCGUACUUGCACUUGCUCGUGCAGAUCUACCUCUUGGACACGGCGCAGAUGGCGGCGUUGGCAGCGUUCAACGGCCACGUGGCGGCGUGGUUGGCCGCGCACGACCGCCGCACGCUCGACUUUCUCCAGGCGAAAAUGUGGUUCUACGUGGCGCGCGCCGCGGAGGUGACGGGCCGCUUGUUGGACGUGCGGCCGGCGCUCACGGGCGCGUUGCGCAGCGCCACGUUGCGCCGCGACGACGAGACCACGGCGGCGGUGAUCACGCUCUUGUUGCGCAACUACUUGCUCAGCCACGACGUCAGCCAGGCGGCCAACUUGUGCGAGAAGAGCGUGUUCCCCGCCGCCGCCGGCAACGCGUUGGCCGCGCGCUACUACUACUACGUGGCGCGGAUCCACGCGGUGCAGUUGGACUACUCGGCCGCGCACGAGUGCGUGACGGCCGCGAUGCGCAAGGCGCCGCAGACCGCGUUGGCGCGCGGCUUUGUGCAGCAGGCGACCAAGUUGAACGUGCUCGUGGAGUUGUUGAUGGGCGACGUGCCGGCGUUGAGCGUGUUCAAGGCCGCGCCGGGCCGCUUGGAGCCGUACUUCCUCGUGACGAAGGCCGUGCGGCGCGGCGACUUGGCGGGCUUCGCCGAGGUGUUGCGGGCGCACGAGCCGGUGUUCGUGGCGGACAACAACCUCACGUUGGUGGCGCGCUUGCGCCAGAACGUGAUCAAGACGGGCAUCCGCAUGCUCUCGUUGUCGUACUCGCGGAUCUCGUUGCGGGACGUGUGCAUCCGGUUGCGCCUCGACUCGGAGGAGGCCACGGAGUACAUUGUGUCCAAGGCCGUGCGCGACGGCGUGAUCGAGGCCAGCGUGGACCACCUGCUCGGCCACAUGAAGCUGCGCGAGUUGCUGGACGUGUACUCGACCCGGCAGCCGCAGGAGGACUUUGACCAGCGCAUCCGCUUCUGCCUCUCGCUCCACACGGACUCGGUCAAGGCCAUGCGCUACCCGGCGGACGACAGCAAGAACGAGAUGAACAGGGGCCCGUUGGAGGGCUUGGAGGACGAGAUGGGCUUGUUGCAGGCCAUCGAGGACGGCGACCUCGACGACUUCAUGGACUGAGCGGGCCCCGCGGGCGACGCCAGGCAGGGCCCCGCGGGCGCGCCUUGAGAAGACGCCGGCCCUGGAAGCCGCGCCGUGAGAAGAGGCCAGCCCCGAGAAAAAGCCGGCCCUGGAAGCCGCGCCGUGAGAAGAGGCCGGCCCCGAAAAAAAGCCGGCCCCGAAAAAAAGCCGGCCCCGAAAAAAAGCCGGCCCCGAGAAAAAGCCG